CACGAAGCUCACCAGGACCCUGAGAAGUCUACCAAGUCGCAUCCAUGUCUGCGCCUCAAAGCAAAAUUUGGGGGUUUGGUCGCACACGAGCCCGCACAUCCAUAAACAUUCCUGCCAUGCUUUGCAUGUUUUGGCAUAGGCAUCUGCUCGCUUGUCGGCACUGCAACCCGUCUAAAGGUGACCUGACACCUGGCCCGGCCGUGUCUGAAUUGUCUCAUCCAGUCUUCCUGCCGUCGGAUACCUUUUGUUCCUCGACAGCUUCGCCGCCCUGACCCAGGCCUGCUUGUAAGAGCUGACUCUAGGCCCACGCAAUGCCAAUGGCCACGAUACGGCCGGUGUGUCGUGAUGAGUUUCCUAUAUUUUGUGAUUACUCUUGAUUCAGGUAUGACUUUGUCCAAAUCCUCGAGGAAGGGAGGUCGCCUUGCAUUUUGUUACUUGGAUUUCAAACCGAAGCAAUACUCACGCAAGGCGAGGAAUUUGAGCCUCUGUAUGGCGUCUUCCGAGCAUUCCAGACGUCAGGCAGGAUUACAUCGAGAGAUGUAAGUCCACCGUAUCGGACCCGAAUCUGGGUGUUGAAUGCCGGUGUACGGGAGCUAGGAAUGAUCUGACCUCUUGUCGAUGUCGUAGCUCACGCCACAACCACCUCUCGGAAUCCAACAGAAGCGACAAAGUAUUGUGUGGUGUGUCUUGCGCUCUGUGCAGCUCAAAUAACUGGCAUCUCGGGGUUCUUAUUCGCAGGCGGCAGGGUGCACAAGAAAGGAAAGUACACACUAUUCACUAUGUCCUGGUGUUGAAUUAUUUGUAGCAUAGCUUCCCAUUGCGGACAACCUCAACUUGAAUUCAUUCAAUACACUAUUCCCUUGUCAUAAGCGUGUUGAUACACUGCAGUCUCCGAUAUUUACCUCCCUUGACUAACGUUAGAGGUUGCGCUUGAUGGCGUUCUCGCAACAUUGAAUGCUUACUAUGAUUGUCGAAGCACGAUCAAUGUAGUUAUGUCUCUCGGCUUUCUGUUUUGAGAACUCAUGAUAACAUCC